AACUCCGGUUGCCGGCCCCGACGCCGCCACCAUGGACGGUCUGCGGCAGCGCUUCGAGCGCCUUCUGGAACAGAGGAACCUGGCCACCGGGGUGCUCGGGGCUCUCGAAGCCAGGACCGGGGUCGAGAAGCGCUACUUGGCCAUGGGGCUCGUGACACUGCUAAGCCUGUAUCUUCUUUUCGGCUACGGGGCGUCUCUGCUGUGCAAUCUCAUCGGCUUUGCAUACCCCGCAUAUGCUUCGGUCAAGGCUAUCGAGAGUCCCAGCAAAGAGGACGACACGCUGUGGCUCACCUACUGGGUGGUGUACGGCCUGUUCGGGCUGCUCGAGUUCUUCAGCGAUCUGCUCCUGUUCUGGUGCCCUUUCUACUACGUGGGCAAGUGCGCCUUCCUGUUGUUCUGCAUGGCGCCGGGGCCCUGGAACGGAGCCGCCGUCCUGUACCACCGCGCCAUCCGCCCGCUGUUCCUAAAGCACCAAGCAACCGUGGACAGCCUCGUGAGCGACCUCAGCGGCCGAGCCCUGGACGCAGCCGCCGGACUCACCAGGGAGGGCCCAGCAAACAUGAUGCAGUCGCAGAAGGGCAAGUAAAGCCAUCCACUGAACCCAGCCAGGACCUCCAAGCUGGGGGGCAGGACCAACCAGACAGCCAGGCCGUCUCGGACCCUUUCACCUCGUCCCCGACCGAGGCCCCCGCCAGCCCCUUGAGGCCCAACAAGACCCUCAAGGACACCUCCUCCUAUGUCAACUCAGGCCACACCCCAUCUCCAUCCCUGGCCGCCAUCGGCUCCAGGGCCCAGUUGCCAAGCAAGACCCGGGGACGGCCGCGGCCACGGCCACGAAGCAGCCCCACCACUCGGCCCCAGGGCCCCAUCCAGCAGUCACGGCUGCCCCUAACAUCCGCAGGCCCCUCGCCAGCCCCCCACAGGCCCUCUGCCUCCUCGUCGGCACCCCACAGGUCCUCCACCACCACACAGCAUCCCAGCGCAAGCACCAGCCAGACGCCACCCCUGGUGCAGAGCCCCAGUGACGCCAACGUCCCCGAGCCGUCCCCCAGGAAGACCUGCAGCAAGACUACUGUAGAGCCGGGGGCCGCAGUCCCCAGGUCCAGCAGACACCACCGGAAGCGGACCUCUGCACGCCACUCCCACAACCUUGCCAGGGCCGAGCCCUGCCCUUCGGACACCUCCCUGGAGACCACCUCCGACUGUGUGUCCGAGUUCACCUUCACCUGGCCCCAUUUCCGAGGGCACCGGCUCCGCUGCCUGGGGCACUGCUGGCCACUGGACCACCUGGCCUGCCAGCUCGUAGGCCGAUAGAGCAGCUCACUGUCGCUGGUGCUCCAUCCCUGUGCUUGUCCUUCCCUGGGGCCUGUCCCUGGGCAUCCACCCCUACAUGCUUGCCACUGGCAUCCGUCCCUCGUGUGUUUUUCCCUGGGGCCUGUCCCUGGGCAUCCACCCCUACAUGCUCACUACUGGGCAUCCGUCCCUCGUG